AUGUAUAGAGAACGUGUUCCUAAAGGAUACACGCUCACACCUGAACGUGAUGGUUGGCGUGGUGGAUUGGCUAAUGGCGGGAAAGAGACAUCAGGUGCUGGGAAUGGACUUGUCAAUAUCGGCAAUGGAUCUUCUAAUGGAGGUAGCGCAUUAUCCAGCACCGGUAAUGGACCAAACAGAGCCGCUAUUACAUCUGGGCUUGUUAAUUCUGCCAGGGACGGUGGACUCACUGUUGGGUCUAAUGAACUUGUCAAUACCAGCAAUGAACUUAAUAAUGUCGGUAAUGGAUCUAUUAAAGGCGCUAAUGGACUUACUGGUGUCAGUAAUACAUCUGUUACUUCCGGUAAUGGGUUUGCUAGUACUGGUAAUGGAGUUGCCAAUGGUGGUAGUGGACUUAUUGCUGGCGGUAAUGGGUUUGCUAGUACUGGUAAUGGAGUUGCCAAUGGUGGUAGUGGACUUAUUGCUGGCGGUAGUGGGUUUGCUAAUACUGGUAAUGGACUUGCCAAUGGCGGUAGUGGAUUUACUGCUGGCGGUAAGGGACUUGCCAAUGGCGGUAGUGGAGUUACUGCUGUUGGUAAUGGACUUACCAGCAGUGGUUGUGGAUUUGGUUGUAAUGGUAAUGGACUUGCCAAUGGCGGUAGUAGAGUUACUGCUGUUGGUAAUGGAGUUACUGCCGGCGGCAGUGGAGUUACCGCUGGCGGUAACGGACUUGCCAAUACCGGUAAAGGGCUUGGCAGUAGCGGCUGUGGACUUACUGGUGGGGGUAUUGGACUUGCCAUUACCGGUAAUGGGCUUAUUAAUGGCGGCGCUGGGAUUACUGCUGAUGGUAAAGGACUUAUUAGUGGUGGUAAUGGGUUUGCUGGUAACGGACUUGGAGGUGGUGGAUUUGGUAGCGGAUAUGGUGUAGCUUUGGCAGGAGCAUCUGGAUAUGACUUGGAGAAAUGGCAUUUGAUGCCAUUUGUGUAG